UAGAGUGUUAAAUUCAAAGGGAUAUAAAUACACAGUUUACAUUGUGAAUAUCGGAACUAGAAUUCUCUACUUUCGUAUGCCUCCAUCCAAGGUUUUAAUUACACUGAUAUCGUGUCAUGUAGGUUUGCCGUAUUGUAUGUGGUGUUCCAAGUGAGGAAUAGCCAUAAUGGAUUUCUGUCACUAUUCCAUUCAGCAGAUACCUCUUAUCAUUACAUCGAGAUCCCGGAGAUAAUUUAAUUAUGUUGAUUUUUCAGAUAAUAUAUCGCCGCUUUCUUCGUGGGAGCCUACAGAAGAGACAACUCAGAAUCCAGAAUUAAAAUCUCAACCUGACCUCGCAACUGACUCAUUACAAUAAACAAUAAACGAUUUCUAAUCUGACUGGGAUGGAACAGCCGGAAGGACCCAGAGGGCUAAAUCCGUACUUCCGACAAAACAGCAUUUUCCAUCUCAACUGUGAGACGUCUAACGUGAACGAAACAGGCAAGGAAUCACCCCCUGUUAACAUUUUAGAUACUAAACCACCGCUUGUUCCACGGAACUCCCGAGGCCGAGUACCCCAUUUGGUAGAACAACAUGAAAGUGAUCACUUCAAUUGCAGUAUGGCAGAUGAUGUCACUGAUGCUUUAACGUCAGACUGGAUUACCAGCCCGAUAUAUGAUUUAGACAACACUGCAAAAUUAUCGCUUUUCAACAUAAGUGACAGUUCUGAAAACGAUUCUAAAAUUGGAAAUGAAAGGGAUAUACCAAAUACUCUUUACGAAUUUUUCGAAGAUGAUCUGUUUCGGUCGGAACUUAAGAAUAAUACACUGGAAUUUAGAAAGGACAUUGAAGAAGUAGCAACAACUGAAGGUAUCAAUUUAACUAUGUUGACGGAUGAGGCAACUCACAAUUCUCAACCUCAUCUCAAAACUGAUUCAUUACCUAUACCUUAUCCGACUUUGAUGGAAAAACAGGAAGGACCCAGAGGGCUAAAUCACUACUUCCGACAAGAAAGUAUUUUCCAUCUCAACUGUGAGGCGCCCAACGUGAAAGAAACAGGCAAUGAGGCGCCUGACGUUACCAUUUCAGAUAUUUCACAGCCGCUUCCUCCACGGAACUCCCAAGGCAGAGUGCCUCAUUUGGCAGAACAACAUAAAAGUGACCAUUUCAAUUGCAGCUCUAUAUAUGAUUUCGAUAACACCACUACAGAAUGCCCACAUCUCACAACCGACUCUCUAUUCUCAAUGUCUAAUCCAACUAGGAUGGAAAUGCAGGAAGGACCUAGAGGGUUUAAGGACUACUUCCGACAAGACAGCAUUUUCAAUCCUAACCACGUGGUGCCCAACCAGAACGAAAAAGCCAAUGAGAUGUUCCAUAGGAACAAAUCAUUUAACUUUCAGACUGACGCAAAUGAAUGUGAAGACAACAAUAGUGAUCAUUGUAAAAUUACAGAUGAUACCACUUGUAAAUACUCGUUGGGUCAUUAUGAUACACCAAGCGCAAAUGAUGUCUAUGUAAGGAAACUCAGGAGACUGGAACAAGAAGUAAACCAACUAGAACGGAGUUUGUGUGACGAAUAUACAGCAGGGAAAAUUACAAAUACUAGCAAGAGAAAGUUGUCCGCUCAACGAUCUCUCAGUGACAGCGACAUUUCUGAGCUGGUAGAUGCUGAUAAGGGCCAUUCAAUCCCAAAUGACAAAUAUCAAAUGGCAAAAUCAUCAAGCACAGAAGACAUCGAAAUAAAAACACGAUGUAACACAAUCAAGAACGCCAUUAGCAAAACAAAGUUCCCUAGCCUUGAAGAUAUCACACUAGGGGCCAAAGAACUUUGGAGUAAUAUCAAAACUGCAAGUAGAAAUUCUUAUGAACCACCGACAAACCUUGAAAUCAAAGUAGAUGCACAUGUGAAACUGUCAUGCCCAUGCGAUGGGUCGUGUAGGCGUGUGGGGAGGAUAGUUGCUACACAUGGUGGUUAUAUAUGGGUAUCCUUCACUAAAUGUUCUUGGGUGGCCUUGUACAACCAUCGACAUGUGAAAGUGUUUAUGUUGGAUACUCGUGGUGGCUAUGUAGAUAGUCUUGCAGUCUCAAAGGCCGGAGGUCUCUACAUAACCUGUCCCCCACAGAGGAGGAUUCUCAUGCUCUCAACCAACUUGGAGUUGACGGAACUUGGCGUCUUCAAUACACUGUAUCCAAGAGGUCUCGCUGUAUCACCAGAGGACUAUACUAUCGUUGUCUGUAUGGUUCCACAUUUGGAGGGUCGCGAUAUGUGUGCUCCCUCAAAGGACAGCUGUCUGAUGCGCUUCACGGGACAAAAGUCAAACGAGCUCGGGACAAUUGUCAACAUGGAUAGCUAUUUCGGAUAUCCGAUGAAAGUAGUCAUUAAUGUGAAUGGGGUUUUAUUAGUGUCAGAUUUUGGUUUGAAAUGUUUGUUUGUUUUGGAUAAAGGCGGACAUAUGUUGCGGACAUUUUCCGUGUUAGGGGGAGCAGGUCUGUCUAAUGUGCAUGCUCUUGCGUGUAACCCUGGUAACUCUUUCUUCGUCGUCCAAGGAGGAAGUGGAACGCUUUCGAUCACAGAACUAGUGAAUGGCAACCUAGGGAUAUUUGAGGAGAAGUCGACAUCAAAGAAGGAUGUAAAAUCUAUAAAACGAAACGUUGUGACAUCGUCAAUGGUAAAAGCCCGUAAGAUAGCUUUAGCUUCUGGAAAUGCCAUCAUAUACGUUUCCCUUGUGUAGAUAUUGACAUGAGAUACAGGAUUGGAUUGAUAUAUCUUGGUAGCUCAAAGUGGUUAUCAUUGUAAAACAAAUCUGUUGGCAGACUCCACAUAUACAAUUUGUAUUCUAUAGAAUAAGUUUAAGCAUGCCAAUUUUUGUCUAAAAGGAAUUGUGGUCAAUAGCAAAAACAUGCGAAACGUAAAUGCAUAAGGUACACUUUUAAUAACCUGACUAUCUGAAAUAUAUUGUUCCCGGCAUCGUUAUGUAUAUCUCAGUACCUUUGAAAUUUACUUCAUGUGAAAUUGUAUGACUGACCGUUCAGGGACAAACUUGUGCUGUCUUUGAUGGUCUUAGAAAUGACAUCAGGCUGAUCUCACAUGAAUGGUACCAGCAAAGGGUUGACUACAGGCAUGUACGAUUGCAUUAUCGGGGCUGACCAGUGCCUUAAAUCAUAUAUAAAAUUUAUCUACUUCAAUAGGGCAUAUCAGGUUUUACCUGUGUUGGAUAUAUUCCCCCUGUUUGAUAUCAAUGGAAUAUUCUAGCUAGUAGUGGUAUCAACAAUUGAUGGCCGCCGGCUUGCAUUGACUACCGGUAUACGUAAGAACACUUGUGUAAAUAUUCAGUUUUAAAUUCAAAAUUUUAGCAACAAAUGUCAUGAACUUAUAUCAAUAACUCCUAUUGGCUAGGAUGGACGCGCGCAAGGGUCUUACUUUGGGAGGAAAAGGGCUACUCGUAGAAAAUCCACUUGGUCGGGCAAGUAACUCAAUAGCUUUUCAUGUUCGACUGGGAAAUCGAACCCUGAUCGCCUAGGUAACAGGCGAGUGUGUUAUCAAUCUUCUAUCCCAUCUGCUCACCAAUGUCGCGGUCUUCUACUAGAAGGACCGUUUAGUGAUCACGCAGGCAAAUUAGGUUUGUUGUCCUAUACAAAUGACUAACUUCAUAAGUAGACAUUACGGUGCCUGUAACACUUUUUCCGAGUCCAAAUAUUCUUUGAAUUGGAUAUUGCUUUUGUCGAUAUCCAUUGGGGUAAUGAAAUGUGUCGGCCUUGAAACAAAUUCUUUAAGUUGAGUUUGACCUGCUCUGUUUCCACCCUAUGCAAAAUAUAGUCCGUUACCGAUUAGUCAUUUUCUAAUAGCGUAAUAGAUAUAAACAUGUCACACAAUAGCAUGUUUACUGCACAAAUGUGCGAUGUGCGAUUGAAUCGCAUAACUAAGCGGACUCGUAAAACCGGACGAUCGAUAUUGCGAAAUGGCAAACAUACGGAAUGAGUCGUAUCAAGGACGUUAUAAACUACAAUCGCAAUUCAAAUUUGUGCGAUGAACUUUAACCCAUAAAAAAAUAAUAAAGCUGUAAAUAUCUGCAUAGACCUAUAAAAGUAUAUGAUAUAUAAAUUUCAAUGAAUAACGUUUACGUUAUAAACUACAAUCGCAAUUCAAAUUUGUGCGAUGAACUUUAACCCAUAAAAAAAUAAUAAAGCUGUAAAUAUCUGCAUAUACCUAUAAAAGUAUAUGAUAUAUAAAUUUCAAUGAAUAACGUACAUAUUCACACUUAUAGCAGCGAGGGCGUGCUUCCCCACGUUUUGGAGAACAUAAAUACAUUUGUAAGACAAAAACAAACCAAUUAUAGUCAGUUUCUUACUUACCAUAGGUAAAAUCAUGUAAACAAAUAGUUACUUUCAUUAGAAAUAGAACAUACUAGUAAUCCAGCAUCGCUCUCCGUACGUUUACAGCAAACCGCGGUUAAGGGAAUGAUUCCGAAGUCAAUGAAUUGAAUGUUUAAUUAUUAUCAUAAAUUUAUCAAGACCUCAUAACAUGGAUGUUAUAUUUUUGUCAUGUGUAAUUACGUUGAUUAUAAUGUUAGCACUAGAAACGUAUAUUAUUUGACACCCGACACCUCACGCCUGGAUGGCUACUGAUAAGAAAUAAAAUACAAGCCGCAUUGGCUACCUUGUUAAAAAUGACACCAACUGUACAUUUUCAUACCAACAUGUUAAGUUUAUCAUGUCAAAUCAGGGGAAAAUUAGAUUUGAUAAAGGUGUGGCAUUGAGUCUUAUUUGAGUGGAAAUCGAUAUAAACAUUAAAAGAUAAUGAAUGAUACAAGUAGAUACGGCGAUAGGUUGAGUUUGACGAGCUUCAUCAUUAACUUGUGAAUUGUUACAUCCCUAUUGUAUGAAGUUGCUGUAGAUAUUAUGUGUAUAUAAAGUGUAUGAAUCGUAAGGAGUGUGGAUUGCGUUCGAUAUUUCUUUGUUUCCAUGUAAACAAACUGAAUAUACAUAUAUAUUUCCCUGCAAUAGUUCCCCGAUGUUGAUUUUUCAAAUACAAACCCUUGUCGUCCUGUAACUACAAACACACACCCCUGUUUCCCUUACAUAUUUCAGUUUUGUUAAAGACCGAGUUUGAAUACUUAUAUCAAUGCAAAACAAUAGUAGCUUAAACCGAUAUCAAUAUCAUGUGAACAUAGGCAUGCUUACCGUGUACUAUUUUGUCCUGGUUAUUGAUGGAAUUAAAAUAUUAAAACAACACAUUGAUAUGUUAAUUUCAGAACUCGGUACAUUGUAUCACAUAAUCUGUCAACAUGAUACCUUAUGGGUAUUAUAUUUGUUAACAGCGAAACAAGGAAGAUAGCACAUGACCAUGUUAUUGUAAACCACUGGCCUGACUGAUAAAAACUUCCGUAUAUUUGUAUGAAUAAGAGUAUCUAUCUAGCGACAGCACUGAUUAUAUAUUCUAUCUAGCAAAACUAUCUAUCUAUUCAUCUUGUCACGCAGUUAUUGAUUACAUAAUUAUUCAUUGUGUAUAUAAUUGGUCUGCAUAUUAUUAGCCUUGGCUCGUGGGCAUAAUUGAAGUUGUAUUUAAGUGGCUAAGUUGUCAUAGACAAUUGUUUUGGCUGGGGGCUAUAUAUUAAAAUGACCGUGUGAAUUCUUGUGGGGGAAGUCUCGUCUGUGACAUAAGUUAUCGGCAAGGCCCGGAUGUGCUGACCUUUGGGUUAAUUUUAGCAGGCCUUAUGCAUAACAUUCAGUCUGAGGUUAUCCUCGUACAGCCUCGUUUCAGUGUGCCAAAGUGGACACUUAUAGUUAAGGGAGUUUGGAGAGAACUGUCUUGCGGAAGUCGGGCAAUCAGACAGUAAAGCUGAGUUCUGAAAUUGGGACCGUUAGAGUAGUGGUUAGGAGUGAGGAGACUUUAAGGUGGGUUAAGAAUUGAGAGCAGUGAUGAUAGAUCGUAUAACUAGGAUAGAAUAGUAUAGUAUAUAAGUAUUACCUGGUUAAUAUAGUGUGUAUAAUUUUAAAUAGUGUCGGAGAACAACUGAGAAUAUGAAGCAACACGUUAUAGAGAUAUAUAUUAAAAACUGGUGUGGAGUGCGUGGAUAUUACUUGAUGGAUUAACAUGAGUUAUGGUGUUGUAUAUAAAAUGAAAAUAUAACCUUACAUUUUUUUGUUGGAUUUAUUUUGAACUGAUUGAAGCGGAUUGAUAAAAUUGCAAUUUAAAAUAGACGUAAGUCUGUUGAACAGCUGAGGGAUACGUUUGUGACAUAUAAAAGACGUAACACUGUUGAUUACAGAGGGAUACGAUUGUUAUAUAUCAAUGACGUUACACAUUAAAAGACGUAUCAAAACGA